CGCUUAGGACUGCCCUUGGUUAGGGGGCCCUGAGCCGCGUGCCCAUCAAGUUGGUGGGGGGAGAGGUAGAGGCAGCGAGCUGACUAGUGCGAUCAUGCCGAAAGGAGGAAGAAAAGGCGGUCACAAAGGUCGGGUGAGGCAGUAUACAAGUCCAGAGGAGAUAGAUGCUCAGAUUAAAGCUGAACAUGAGAAGGCUCAGGAAGCAGAACUUGAGGAAGGUGGUGAGGGAGUCGCCAAAGACCCCACCAAGGAGAAGAAAGAAGAUCAGAGUUCAGAUGAGAGUGAUGAAGAUGACGACUACCAGGCAAAGCGUAAAGGAGUCGAAGGCCUGAUUGACAUAGAGAAUCCCAAUCGAGCAGCACAGGCAUCUAAAAAGGUUACCCAGCUUGAUCUGGAAGGUCCAAAGGAACUGUCACGAAGAGAAAGGGAGGAAAUAGAGAAACAGAAGGCAAAAGAACGUUAUAUGAAAAUGCAUUUAGCAGGAAAAACAGACCAAGCAAAGGCUGACCUGGCCCGCCUAGCAAUCAUUCGGAAACAGAGGGAAGAAGCAGUAAAAAAGAAGGAGGACGAAAAGAAAUUAAAAGAUGGAACGGGAGCAGCAGCCAAAGGAAUGCAAUCAAUGUCUCUUAAUAAAUAAUAACUACGCCAUGGAGACCACAGCCAGAGGAUCCUUGGGCCAGGGCAGCUAUAUGGUCUAUAGACUAUUGUCUAGCCCCUUGAGUGUCCACAACAUACUAUCUCUGAUCAAGCCGGCGCAGCAUUUCCAGGCUGAGGAUACUGUUAUGAAAGACUGGACAUGCAAUGUGCACAUAUUUAUUUAAUGCUGAGUGUUUGUGGAGAUUGGGUCCUGAAGGAGGGGAAUAAAGGUUGGAAUUCAAAGUAAA